AUGGCAAUUGACAGACACGUACGUAGAGGACAUACCAUCGUUUUUGGCCUCCUGAUAUUCUUCGGCAUUAUCGAGCUUGCCAUUGCAUCAUGGAUCACCUCUCGCUUCAAUGCGCGCCAUGACUUUCCCUCACUUACCAUCCGCGACCGCACGCGCUUCCUGGUUUUCGCCUCGGCGUGGACCAUCGUCUUUUCAGGCCUGUUCGCUCUACUAUUUCUUCACUCUGCAUCGACGGGUAGCGUCCUUACAAGUGUCGCUGCACACUCCAUCGUCUUCUUCUUCACGUGGGUGUUCUGGACGGCCGGUGCGGCCAGCAUCACUGCCGCACUAGGCGGGGGUCUGAACUGCAGUAAUACAGACAUUGUCUACUGCAAUCAGCUGAACGCAGUCGAAGCAUUCGCAUGGGUCGAGUGGGUUCUCACCACGUUUGCCAUCAUCUCCGUGCUCCUCUUGGGGGUCCGUGCAUUACGUCGCGGAGAUGGCUACCGCGCACAACUGGUCUCCGCUUGA